AUGGCGGCUGUCACUGCGCCCACGGGAUAUCAGCACCCUGUCGCUGACGCUUCAAUGGAUAUUGAGAUGGAUCUUGACUUGGGCCCGGAGCCCGAGCCCGAGGCUGAACCGAUUCAGACCGAUGCGGCCACUCAAGAAGCCGCCUUUGACCCACUCGCCGAGGAGGCGUUGUACGAAAAGGUUCACGUUCGCGGCGUCGACGAUUUGACCACCGAUAACAUCAAGCAAUUCGCCAGCAGUCAUUUCCCGACAGAGACACCUUCGCGCGUCGAAUGGAUUGAUGACACCUCCGCCAAUCUCAUCUAUUCGUCUCCCGAGAUCGGCCUCCAGGCGCUGGCAGCCCUCACGCAGGUCGCCGAAGAGGAAGAUGCCACGGCCCUGCCACCACUACGUCUACGGUCGGCCAAGCUCCUCGCGACACAUCCCGAUUCCGUCCUCCAAGUACGGUCUGCAGUCAAGACCGACCGCAAACAAGCGCGUGCGUACGAAAAGAGUCGCUUCUACCUGAUGCACCCGGAGCAUGAUCCCCGAGAGCGCCUGCGCGAUGAACUUUCACAGCGAAGACGAGGCGAUGAUGACGAAGGCUACCGGCGGCGCCGGUUCGAUGAUCGCGAACUGCGCCGGCGUAAAGACCGCGACCAGGAUGACAACUUCGAUGCCAACAUGUAUGAUGAUCAACCCGCCAGCUAUUCCGACUCGGAACGUGGCCGUGGCAGCCGGAGGGGCCGUGGCCAGAGGGAACUAUUCCCUGAUGACGACCGCGCGUCUGGACGGCUUCGAAACCGCAGUGCGUCCCCGGGUCGGGACACUCUUGAAGAUGCAGACCGUGUCGAUCGAUCCCACGAUACUCGCAGGCGAUUCCGUGAGCGAUCCCCACCGCUGGGUCGUCGAAAUCUCGGCAAGGAACUUUUCCCUGGUUCCGGAAACGGGGAUUCAGGUGCACGCGAGUUAUUCCCCAACAAGCCCACCUCCAGCUACAUCCAAAAGGAGCUUUUGCCCAGCAAAGCUAGCAACCACCGUCGAUCGGACGCCUUUGACGCUUCAGACGAGGCAACAGAUCUGGGACGCAGGAUCACCGUUCCCGGAAAUCGCGGGGUGGAACUCUUCCCAGACUCCAGCUCUGGUCGUGGAGAGGACCAAGGCUUUGCAAUUCGAGGCGCAUCUCACGGCAUGUCUAUUAAGGGCCGGGGUGCUUCCGUCCGUGAACUGUUCCCAGACAAGUAUAAUCAGAACAGCAAUGCAGGAAAGGAGUUGUUCGAUGAAACGCUGGAGGGCCGCGGUGGCCGCCGGCGGAGAGCAGAAGACAUGUUCGGCUGA